CAUAGCCACAAUGCAAUAACAUUUUAUGAAAAGGAGCGCAGGAUCGUAGCAGGAUCGUAGGUGUAUUAAACCAUUUGAAUGGUUUAAUACACAAACGUCAGCGGUGAACGCAUAUCGUUGCGAUAAUUCUUCUUAAGCAUGGAGGACGUUCAAAAGCACUCUGUCCACACUCUCGUGUUCCGGUCUCUGAAACGCACGCAUGACAUGUUCCUGUCUGACCAAGCGAACCCUCCACCGCAAGAUGAUACAUGUGAGAAACUCAAAAUGACUGUCAAGACGAAAGACGAAUAUGGCCUUGUGAUGCACCUUGUAAAGUCAAACCCACAAACGUACAGACAUAACGCAGAAGGGCACCGCACAGGAGCAUCUUACCAUGACGAAGUGUCAAAAAGUAAAGAAAUGAAGCUGCAAGAGUUGACGUAUUCGGGCAUGGACAUAAUGCCAUUGCCUGUGUACGAUGAUGAUGCCCCACCGCCAGGUGUUGAUGACUAUGCAGUGAUGAAAGCUGCACCACCACCAACAUCACAGGCUCUUGUGCUCGCAGGACAACAACAAUUAUCACAAGUUCAACGAAAACCAGUGACUGUGCCAAAGCCUCAGUGGCAUCCACCAUGGAAGCUAUACAGGGUGAUCAGUGGGCACACCGGCUGGGUUCGUUGCCUUGCAGUGGAGCCUGGAAACCAGUGGUUCUGCACAGGAUCAAAUGACAGGAUUAUUAAGAUUUGGGACCUGGCUACAGGGAGGCUGAAGCUGUCCCUGACUGGACACAUCAGUGGCGUACGAGGCCUAGCGGUCAGCCCACGCCAGCCGUACCUCUUCUCCUGCGGUGAGGACAAGCAGGUCAAGUGCUGGGACCUUGAGUACAACAAGGUUAUACGACACUACCACGGCCACUUGAGUGGUGUCUAUGCUCUCUCUCUGCAUCCUACCAUUGACAUCCUGGUCACUGGCGGUCGGGAUGCAACAACAAGGGUGUGGGACAUGCGGACCAAGGCGAACAUCCACUCGCUGGUGGGCCACACCAACACAGUGGCCAGUGUGCAGACACAGUCAUCCGAGCCGCAGGUGCUGACGGGCAGCCAUGACUGCACCAUCCGCCUCUGGGACCUGGUGGCUGGCCGCUCGCGGGUCACUCUCACUCACCACAAGAAGAGUGUGCGGGCACUCGUUGUUCACCCCAGGCUGUACACCUUUGCAUCUGGUGGUCCUGACAACAUCAAACAGUGGAAGUGCCCCGAUGGGAAAUUCAUCCAGAAUCUCUCGGGCCACAAUGCGAUUGUCAACUGUCUUGGCAUGAAUGACGAUGGCGUCCUUGUGUCUGGUGGGGAUAAUGGAACACUGUUCUUCUGGGAUUGGCGCACUGGCUACAACUUCCAGCGACUCCAAGCACCAGUUCAGCCUGGCUCCAUCGACAGCGAGGCAGGGAUAUUCGCCUGUGGAUUUGACCAGAGUGGCAGCCGCCUCAUCACCGCUGAGGCUGACAAAACUGUGAAAAUAUUCCGUGAAGAUGAUACUGCUACUGAGGAGACCCACCCGAUCAACUGGAAACCAGACAUCACAAAACGAAGGCGGUUCUGAUGUUCACCAGAUCUCAUCGUUGUUUCAUCAUCAUCUCAGUUAAAAUCCUUUUGUGGCAUGCAAACGCACUAUCUGAGGCUGUAAUAAAAUGUUGCUGCACUGUGUAA